CAUGUUACGAGUAUUUGUAUGUAUCUCCAGGUACACAAUACCUGUAUAUGCUAUUCUUAAGCCGGUGACCAAUAGGACACGUGGAAUCCACCGCGUGAUGUACGUACAUAUCCCCACGCGGGCUCUGUAUAUAUAAAUAUCCGAGGUGUUCAUCCGUAUUCACCCUGUAUCAGCCGAGGUCGACCGAGGUUGCCCGACUGUGUUGGUCCCGAGAGUUGUCGGUGUAUACCUGAACAUGAAACAACUACUACUUUGUGGAAUUAUAUUGCUGACCGUGCACCUCUCUCUGGCCUCAGUGGCGUCUACCCACGAGUGCAAGCGGACAUGCCAGGAGAACGAACUACCCCGGGUGUGUGUGUACAACUUCACUGUGGAGUGGUACAGAACGCUAUCUAAGGCAUGCUACGAUUGUCCCUUCAACCACUCGGACUGUUUUCGGCCGCACUGUGUGUCCGGAGAUGGGAGGAUUAAACCCUUGAUCGCAGUCAACAGACAAGUGCCCGGGCCAUCUAUUGAGGUGUGUGAGGGUGACCGUGUGGUGGUGUGGGUGACGAACGACAUGGAAGAUGGCCAGGCCACAAGUAUACACUGGCACGGACAACACCAAAUGAGAACUCCAUACUCGGACGGAGUUGGUCAAAUCACACAGUGCAACAUCGGCGUCAAGGAAACUUUUAAAUACGAGUUCACAGCCUCGCCUGCCGGCACCCACUGGUACCACGGUCACACAGGCAUGCAGCUCGCUGAUGGUUUAUUCGGUGCCUUCAUCGUCCGCCAACCCAAGGACCGUGACCCCAACGGUGCCCUGUACGACGUUGACGAUCACGUCAUGUUGGUAGGAGACUGGAUUCCAGUCACGUCAAUGACGAGAUACGUAGAUCUGAUGCAUGACCUUUACGACUCAUCUCUACCACAGGGACUGCACAUCAAUGGCAGAGCUCGCAAUGUUGAUGUCCCAAACAAGUUCAACAUCGUCAAGACGAACCUGACCACAGCCAAGACACCAAUGGAGGUGUUUGAAGUGACGAGGGGUCAGAAGUACAGACUACGUGUGAUUGGAUCGUCCGCCAACUGCCCAAUACACGUGGCAGUAGAGAAACAUCAGCUGCAGGUGAUCGCCAAUGAUGGAAUGCCUGUCCGGCCAAGACCAGUCGAUGUCUUCAUUGUUUUUCCAGGUGAGCGAUACGAUUUCCUGUUGUUUGCGAACCAGGACGUGGGUAACUACUGGAUCAAGGUCGUCGGUUUGGGGGACUGCCGAGUGGCUGAUGUGUCUGCGGCUGCCAUCUUGAGAUAUGCGGGGGCACCGGAUGAAGACCCCAGUACUGAAACCAUGUUCUCGACUGCAGGCGGGGUGAUGUUGAAUCCAGUCCCAUUGCCAAAUUCCGAGUUUUAUGGGAGGAAUCACAGCUGGCUUCGUCCUAGCGAGCUGCGUUAUGCAUAUGACGUCAACCUGACAAAUCAGACUGUGGAUACAAGGCUGUAUAUAGGUAUGGAAUUCAACAACAACGACAACCAGAAAUACAACAACAAGGAACUAUAUUCAACUGCAGAUAUUCCGCCCCGGAAAGGACAUUUUACACCUGUUAUGGAUAAUAUAACCUUCUUCCUGCCUCCCAUCCCAGUAUUGUCUCAGCCGGAGGACGUUGAUGAAUCGUGGUUCUGUAACAGAUCAACGAUCACGGACUCCGACAAGUGUUUGACGGAUCUGUGUUUAUGUACACACAUGCUUAGGUUUAAGCCAAAUGAGAUAGUAGAGCUAGUUGUUAUAAACGAAGCAAAGACAUUCGGGGAAAUAGGCCACCCCAUGCAUCUACACGGCCAUAGCUUCUUCAUCUUGGGAGAAGGACAGUUUAACAGUACGUCAACAAACCGGGCUGAGGUGAUGCGCCUAGAUCAGGAGGGACAGAUCCCCCGCAACUACAUCAACCCCCCUUACAGAGACACCGUCAACGUGCUCGACGCCGGUUACGUCAUCCUCAGAUUUCAGGCCAAUAAUCCAGGCUUCUGGUUCUUCCAUUGUCACACUGACAGUCAUCUGGCCCAGGGGAAGGCCUUGCUGGUGAAGAUAGGAGAAUACCAGGACUUCCCUCCCAUUCCCUCCACCUUCCCAAAGUGUGGAGGGUGGGGCUUCUCUAACGCCAAGAAGAAAGAGGAUCGCCCAUGUUCGACCAGUGGAUCUGCUCAGCACUCGCUUAGUGUCCUGGUGGCCACCUCAUUAGCAAUACUUGCAUGCAGGAGUAUUGGCCAAGGGUUCACAACUACCUCUGUUGACAGUAUAUUAUGAUCAUAUACAUCUUUUUACAACUUUCAUACAAGCUGUAUAUUUCUUUGCACAUGGUAUGUACAAGUACUAUCACCAGUUAAUUAAUUCCAUGUUUUGAAUUUGGGUUUGUUCGAAAAUGCUUUUGUCAACAGAAAAUAAGGAGGCAGUUUACUGUAUCGUUACUUGGUUGCUUUCUACUUGGCAGGCAAUACUCAGUAUAUCUAACAAUUGUUGAUGUAGAGGUAAGCCCAAAUGACGAUCGGACGCUUUUUGAUUUUCUGGAGACGACAUGCAGGCGACUAUGGUCAUACGCAGACCAGACCAUGUUGAACACAUUCCAAAGUUAGAACUAAAGUCACGACCUGUGUGUCACUGAUGUGUUGGCCCUGGCUCAUCUUUGUACAGAGGUCUUAGAGUUAGGCCAACAAUUAACACAUUUCUACAUCAGCCCAGGCCUAGAAAGGUAAGCAGCACUCCAUAUGACCACACAGCUCUCAAUGACCAGCUAGCACUAUUAACAGACAUUGACAUGCAUUUGUUUGUUGUGCAAGGACCCUUUGGUAGUAUUUCAGUGAUUCCUCACAGGCAUACCAAAGCCAAUGAUUUCGAUGUCUUUUUGAAAGUUAUUAUGUAUUCUGUAAAUAUCUAUGGCUAAGACCCUUACAAAACAAGAAAAGACACAGUCUAACAAAAACAUUGACGUAUAUGGUCAAAGAAGGGAGAAAGCCCCUUGGUAUUUGCACUGUUCAAGUUAAAAGGUCAAAGAUAAAGAUGUCCAGACACUGUUAAAACUAUGAAUAAAGCUUUUGAUUUCAA